AUGCUGAAAUAUAUUUUAUUUGGAAUUAGUGGUUCCAUGAGUGGAUGGUUUUUAAGAGAUACAAUUGUUUGUUUAGUUAAUAAUAUAAAUUCUACAAAUGGUAUGUUACUAAAUAAAUUUAUUUCCAGCAAAGAUGACUUUUAUAAAAAUACACUUAAUGAAUUGAAAUAUUGUUUUGAUCCAAUUGAACUAAAAAAUGGAUUUAAUAAUUAUAAUAUUUAUAUAAAGGAAAAUGAAUAUUUUGUCGAAACAUUAUAUAUGGAAAAUUGGGCAGAUAUGAACAAAAUGAAUGAAUAUAUAUAUAGUGAAGAAUAUAAACAAAAAUUGCAUUAUUUGAAAAAUAUGAAUAUAUUUUUUUCUCCAUCAUUAUUUGUUCUAUUAAAGCGAUAUGAUGGAUAUUAUAUUCCCCCCUUUUUGAAAAAAGUUGCAUCUGAUUGA